AAUGUUGGCGAGGAGAGCCACGUCCGUGCUGUUUACUCGUGACGAGUCAGCAGUCCUCGUCGCCGACAAAUCUGGCGAUGUCUACUCUUUUCUGACAGAGAGGAGCGCCCAGCCCUCAGGUGAAGUGGAAGGUCAACCGCUUCUGGGUCAUCUGUCAAUGAUACUGGAUAUGUGCCUUGCCGCCAAGGACAGCCUCAUUGUGACGUGCGACCGUGACGAGAAGAUACGAGUCAGCCGUUACCCCAAUGCCUACAACAUUCCACGCUUACUGUCUUGGACAUCGGGAGUUUGUCAGCUGCAUUGAGUACAUAGAAGAUCUGGACCUCCUCAUCUCUGCGUCUGGGGACUGCAGCGUUCGUGUGUGGGACCUCCAAGGGAAGCAGCUCUGUGAGACCCAGUGUGUACCCUACCACCCGCUGGUGGAGGCGACGCGGGAGGCGGGUGGCCAGGAGGCUGGCGACAUCUCGCGGGAAGACGGCAGCCAGAAGGUCGCUACACCUGAGCGCCAACGACCCGCCAUCCAGAGACUGGCUUACUGCUCACACUGUCGAUGCCUUGCUGUGUCAUUUUAUAGCUGUCCUCAAGUGAUGAUGUACCAGCUGACAGCUGCCGGCGGCCAUGCCGCGCUAACCCACGCACAAACAAUUCCACUGACAGCGGACGCAUGGGACAUAACUUUUGAGGGCGACGUGUUGUGGGUGCUGUCCCCUGUGGAGGGAGCGACACUUACCGCUUAUCACGUGGACACCAGGGAAGCAGGAGAUGGGAUUCAGCUGACAGAAAUUAACGACAGCGGCAGCAGUGCUUUUCAGGUGACCAAAGCUGUCAACUCAAAGUGGGAUUUCUUCAAAGACGCCCUGCACGUGGCCAGCCCGGUGCCGACGUUGUGGAAGAUCGCCUCGCAGGCCAACGUCGUCGAGUACCAGCAGAGGAAGGAGAAGCGACUGCAGGAACACUCGUCCAAACGAGCGGCCAACUCGCCCCGCGAAAGAAGGCUGCCAGGAAAGAAAGCGAGGAACACGAGUUAGAUGAAAGAGUGGUUAAAUGUUUCAAAAGACUAGCAAUAAAGCAUGUGAUAUUUU